AUGCAGGGGAGCAAGAAGGGCACAGAUGGAUUCAGUGACACCUCCAGCAUUGGCAGCGUGCUGGAUGAUGCGGACAGGGAGGUGAGUAACCUCACAGACCGGGCUUUCCGCAGCUUGUGCAUCUCCGAAGACACCUCCUUCCACGACUCUGAACUCACCCUUUCUCCAGAUAGCAACCGCCAGGGGUUCGGCUCUUUCCACCAAGAAACUGUGGGCCAUGCCCACAGGAAGAGUGGCAUUUGGACUCAGCUUCCCUCCCAAGGCACAGAGCAUGCUGGCUGGGCUGCCGCCUUCCAGCAGCUGCCCAAAUAUGCUCAGGGGGAGGAAAGGUACCCCAAAACCAGCCCCCCACCAACGCCAGCCCAGAGGCGACUGGAGGUCCCCGUUUCUGGUCUGAGGAGCAGCACUAAGCCCAUUUCCAAAGUCUCAUCUUUGAUCAAAUCCUUUGACAGACCUGAGAGCCAACAUUGUGACAGUAGGCCCCCGCCUAGCAAGCCUCCGGCUCUCAAAAAUCCCCCCAAAUUCGCCCCUCUCCCAGAAAGCGGUGUCAAUUUCUGUUUCGAUUCUGCCUUUUUGACUGUCAGAAGAGUUCCCGCUGAAGUCUCCAAUCCCCACCAGAGCGGCCACCAGCCCGGCAGGAAUCUCGGUGAGCAACAGUCCCCCAAGAACUCUGACAUGGUCUCCCCUGGCUCUGGCAGCUUCCUCCCCACAGAGGACAGUGCCACCAGCUCGUUAGAGUCCCAGUUCCCCUCUCCACCCAACAAGUCAAUCAAGUCUGAGCCCGAAAGAAGCAAAGAGUGGACUCCCAGAGGGACUUUUCUGCAUAGUGAAAACAGCGCUUUUGAGUCAUGGAAUGCCCACCAACCAAAGCUGCAGGAAAGGAAGGAGGUGGCUGAAACCAUCCCAGAAAGCAAGGCUCCCAGACAUUACGAGGACAAACUUUUAUUGAAAGAGCCCCAUGCCCCCGAUUGCAAAGUCUCUCCCUGCCAGGUCCGACCCAGCUGCAGCCAGGAAGAGACCAGAGCAGCACCAGGAUCUCUGUGUACCUCAGGAUCCUGGGGGCCCAGAGAUCCAGGAGCCCCAGUGUUCCCUCCUGAGGGAAAAGCGUCUGGCUCACAGUCAGAGCCUCAGAUGAAGUCAAGCCAGCCCCCGUGGAGGAAGCCAAAACCUAGCAAAGGAGGGAAAGACCCUUGCCAAGAUACCCCAGAAGAAAAGAAACAGAGUCACUGGAGAGAUCUGCCUCCAUACUCAAAGCACAACCCGCCUGGGCAGUUUCCAGACAAUGAAGCUCUGGACAUGUCUGGGGAUCCCCAUGAGCACUACAGUCCUCCUUUUAAUAUCAGUAAGCUACUGACCCCCAUCAUACCCACCAAGCACACCCUAGAGUCCUCAGGGCCCCAGCCUGGGCACACCAGCCCCUCCCCGCCAGCACAGCUAAAUGGAUACCAGGAGAGGGAGGCCAGCCAACACCUGCCUCGGGACAGUUACAAAUCCAAAGCGCCCAGCCUCCUGUUCAACCUCAAGGAUGUGCGGAAGCGGGUCAAGAGUACCUACAGUCCCUCCCCUCUCUUGAAAGGCUUUGACGAAAAGCACCGGAGUAAGACAGAUAGCAAGCAAGAAGCCAUCAGCAAUGGGGUGAUGCUGCCCAAUGGACUUGAGGAAAGUCCUCCAAAUGAGCUUUCAAAGGAGAGCCCAGCUGACGCCCCCAGCACACCUCACAGCGGUACCCAGGGGGAUCCCAGUGACUCCUCUGCAGAAAUCCAUCGUACCCUCAAUUCCCCUCCAACUGGCACCCACACCCCUUUCUGUGUCAAUGGGGAGGCUGUAGAAAGGAACCCUGAGAAGGAGGAAGUGGAAGGAGAGGCAGAGCUGGGUCCUGCCAAGGCCAGUUGGCACCCAGACUCCAAGGAACGUCACCCCAGAAAGCAUCUGUCACUGAAGCUUUGUGACAGGGAGCCUGAGACCGGACAGGCUGCAGAGAAAACAAAGGUCAAAAAUGGGCUCUCGAGAUCCAUCUCCCAAGAGACAGAACCUGAGCAAAAAGUGGGCCUUCUGGUCCCACCCUUGAGCCAAAAGUUCUCCCCCGGACCCCUCUCUCCGGAGGAAGAGGAGGUCUUCUACAGUGACAGCCAGUCUGAUUUCAUGCCGAGCCUCCAGAGCAAGGCCAAGUUCAGCACCAGCUCUUCAGACCAAUCAUUUGCCUCCUUUGAAGAUCAGCAGAAGGCAUGGUUUCCCGAGAGCCAGUGGGAAGACAGGAAGAAGGACACAACGGCAGGUGACAGUCAGAAAGAUGAGAAGAAUGUGCUAGAAAAGGAUGAGCCACCAAGUCAUGGGGAAGGGGGCAUGGAAAAGCCUACCCAGGGUGGGGUGCUGGGAAUAGAAGGGGCGGGGUUGUCUACAGGGAGACCCAGAAAGGCAGCAGUGGAGGAAGUGAAUUUGAGAGGCUCUUGGAUCCAAGGAAAACAGGACACAGCCCUUCCCCAUGCCAAAGACACCCCUCCCUCCCCAGCUUCUGCACCAAACAAGCACAAGCUGUUCCCCAUUAAAGACAACACACUCAGGGCCACCCCAGUGAUAAAACCCAUCAUCCUGCCUCUCCUGAGGACCACAGCUUGCGAGGAGUCUCCCAGCGGCGGCCACCGCGAGGAGGAACUGCAAAGACCAGGGUGGGGGGAGGAGGCUGGUGGCCCCUGUGCCCCCCCAAACCAGGAGAUGCCCAGCACCCCAACCUCUGCUAUGCUACAAGGCACCUGCCUGAAGCACACAGUGAGUGAGAGCCUGGAGGACCCCUGGCAGGUGCACACUGGAACCAAGAUAGAGACCUCUGAGCAAGCUCACAAGGGGAACUUCCCACCUGAACCCCUGACAGGAGGAGGGGGUCACGGGAUGUCACCCCUAGAUGUAACACAUGCACUCCUGAGCAGUGAUGGCAAAAGCAGGCCCACAGAAGGGAGCACCCUGCCCACUCCCAGGCAUGUCCCCACGAUCGCUUUCCCCCAGGAAGAUUUAGAAGUCCAGCCACUUAGCACACAUUGGGAAGGUUUGCAGAGUCAGUUUUUGUCUCCACCCAGAGCAGGGCCUGCUGGGAAAAGGCAGGUCCCCUCUGAGAUGGUGGCUUCUCCCCACCCCAGCUCCCUGGGGGAGAGCAGCACCUGCUCUCCAGCUGCCAGCAUCCUCUGGGAUGACACUUUCCAGAUCCCCAGCGACCUGGGUCUGCUGCCGGAAGAGCCUCUAGCCUCCAGCUCCUCGGCCAGCCAGGGUCCUGCCAGGCUUACCCGAAGAGAGGACCUGACCCAUAGCCUCACGUGGGAGGCAGAUAGUUCUGACCCCCAGCUGGAGGGAGCCGCAGAAGAUGUCCGGACUCUCUCUCCAAAAGGUACACUAUUAGAAAUGGCUGCCAGUUCUGCAGGCCCUUCUGAGAAAUCUGAACAUCCGGCUCACCUGGGAAGGACAGCCAGCAAACCCCCAGCAGUUCCACCCAAGACAGAGAAGGCCCUGAGGAGGGCCAAGAAGCUGGCGAGCAAGAGGAAGAAGAUGGACAGAGUGCAGGAGAAGCCUGGAGAGGCCUGGGAGAACUUGCAGGAGCCGGAGCAUAGGCCGGCCUUGCCUGGAGACAGGCCUCAGGCUAGAUUUCCCGUGGUGAGGGCCCUGCCCCCUCCAAUACACCGCCACUCAGUAUCAGGAGGCCCAGAGCCUAUGGGAAGGCGGUCCUGGGGUCCUCAGUCCCUCACACCCCUGCCCCCCUACCCUGCUACCCAGAAGAUCCUCCAAGAUCCUCAGUCUGGAGAAUACUUUGUCUUCGACUUGUCCCUGCAGGUGAAAAUCAAGACCUUCUAUGACCCAGAGACGGGCAAGUAUGUCAAAGUCUCUGUCCCCUCAUCAGAGGGGGUGUCCCCUGAGCCACCCCUGCAGGACGGCCUGGCUCCCUCUUACCUGCUGUACCCUGGCUUCCGGCCUGUGCCGGUGACCGCCCUGACACCCCUGCGGUGCUCCUCCCAGCUCUCUGCCCCUACCUUCCUCAGGCAGGGCCCCCACACCAGGCCCCAGAGUGUCCAUGGUGGAGGACUUCAGCCAGCCCUAGGGCCUCGGGGUGACCCUACCCCACAAGCUGCUGACCUGCACCCACGGGAGCCUCCCCAAAGCCCAGAGGAGGGCACAGAAGCCUCCAGCCUGAACAUCAUCUCCACUGAAGACCUAGAGGACUUUGCCACUGAGGGCAUUUCCUGA